GCCCCCUCCCUGCGUCCCCCCCUCCCUGGAUGCCAAAAGGCACCGGAGCCAGAGUUCCUUGAAACCAGACGUGCUUGUGAUGGAUGGGAAUGCAGAGGAGGAGGCAGCAGCCCUGAGACUCAGUCCUCGAUGAGCCAUGUUACUGAAGAUCACCUUGUCUUCUGGAAGUAGGAAGACAGUGAACAGAUGAAUCUGUCCAAGCUGACAUUCCACUAGAAGCUCUCCCUCAGCAUGGAGCACCACGGCAGGGAGGAGAUGGACUCCAAAGAGGAAAGUCCUCAGGUGUGGCCUGAUUCUGCUGAGCAGGAACCCAGUACUGCUCAGGUGCACUUUGUCCCUGAGGGGGGGACAGUGGCCCAGAUUGUGUACAGUGAGGAGCAGGACCGUCCCUCCCAGCAGGUUGUCUACACAGCUGAUGGUACCUCCUACACCUCUGUGGACACCUCAGAGCACACCCUGGUUUACAUCCACCCUGUGGAAGCUACACAGACUCUGUUUACAGAUCCGUCCCAAGUGGCUUAUGUCCAGCAGGAUGCCACCACCCAGCAGGUCACUGUGCUCUUGCCUGCUGCUGCUCAGAGCAUGAAUCCCACCAACCUCUCCGUGCUCGGCAACGUUGCCGAAUCCCCCCAGCAAAUGGCUCUGGAGCAGGGGCCACAAGCAGAUAGAGCAUCAUUACCACUGCAUAACCAGGUCUUACCUCCUAUGGAGGCAGUGGAUGGUUCUGACCCACUAGCACCUCUGCAGAAUCAAAUGGGAAGGAUGGAACCAAAAGAGGAAGAUGAUGAGGAUGAAGAUGAGGACGAAGAAGGGGAAGACACUGACAUGGAUGAAUGGGAUCCAGAUCCACCUCGACCCUUUGAUCCCAAUGAUUUAUGGUGUGAAGAGUGCAAUAACGCACAUCCCUCCGUGUGUCCAAAGCAUGGACCUUUGCAUCCCAUCCCAAACAGGCCUGUGCUGACCAGGGCAAGGGCCAGCCUCCCCUUGGUGCUCUACAUAGACAGAUUUUUGGGAGGGGUCUUCUCCAAAAGGCGCAUCCCAAAGCGCACGCAGUUCGGACCUGUGGAAGGGCCCCUGGUUAGACAGGCUGAGCUCAAAGACUGCUACAUCCAUCUGAAGGUUUCCCUUGAUAAGGGUGACAGAAAAGACAGAGAUUUGCAAGAGGACCUGUGGUUUGAACUUUCCAGUGAGGCUCUUUGUAACUGGAUGAUGUUUGUGCGUCCAGCUCAGAACCAUUUGGAGCAGAACCUGGUAGCCUAUCAGUAUGGCCACCAUAUUUAUUACACAACCAUUAAAAACGUGGAGCCCAAGCAGGAACUCAAGGUGUGGUAUGCUGCCUCUUAUGCAGAGUUUGUGAACCAGAAGAUCCAUGACAUAUCUGAGGAGGAAAGGAAAGUUCUCAGAGAGCAGGAGAAGAACUGGCCCUGUUACGAGUGCAACCGGCGUUUCAUGAGCUCAGAGCAGCUCCAGCAGCACCUCAACUCCCAUGAUGAGAAGCUGGACUUCUUCAGCAGAGCCAGAGGCCGAGGUCGUGGGCGAGGGAAGAGGAGGUUUGGACCAGGGAGACGCCCGGGGCGCCCUCCCAAAUUCAUACGUCUGGAAGUAACCAGUGAAAAUGGGGAAAAAUGUGAAGAAGGGACACAGGACUUGCUGCAUUUUUCCAGCAAGGGGCAGUUUGAUGAGGCUGCUGGCCAAGCCACCCUCAACGGGUUGGAGCAGCAGGAACAGACUCCAGUGCCCUCCGAGACACAGUCUGCACUGGAGCAGCCGUUUGAAAACCACCCCCUCCAAAUCCAACCCCAGCAGCAGGAGGAGAGCACGGUGCCUCCCCAGAGCACCAUGACAGCAGAUGACAUGAGGAGAGCCAAGAGGAUCAGGAAUGCAGCUCUUCAGCACCUCUUCAUACGGAAAUCCUUCCGCCCCUUCAAAUGCCUCCAGUGUGGGAAAGCUUUCCGGGAAAAAGACAAACUGGAUCAGCACCUGCGCUUCCAUGGGCGGGAAGGGAACUGCCCUCUGACUUGUGACAUCUGCAACAAGGGCUUCAUCAACAGUGGGGCUCUGGAGAGCCACAUGAAGUUCCACAUGGACCAGAAAACAUAUUCCUGCAUAUUCUGUCCUGAGUCCUUUGACCGCUUGGAUCUGCUUAAAGACCAUGUGGCCAUCCAUGUCAGUGAUGGUUAUUUCACCUGCCCCACCUGCAAAAAACGUUUCCCAGACUUCAUCCAGGUGAAGAAACACGUUCGGAGCUUCCAUUCAGAGAAGAUUUACCAGUGCACAGAGUGUGACAAAGCCUUCUGCCGGCCUGACAAGCUGCGGCUCCACAUGUUGCGGCACUCGGACCGCAAAGACUUCUUGUGUUCCACCUGUGGCAAGCAGUUCAAGAGGAAGGACAAGCUACGGGAGCACAUGCAGAGGAUGCACAACCCAGAGAGGGAGGCCAAGAAAGCCGAUCGGAUCAGCCGCUCCAAAACCUUCAAGCCUCGGAUAGCAUCCACUGACUAUGAGAGCUUCAUGUUCAAGUGCAGGCUCUGCAUGAUGGGCUUCCGUCGGAGAGGAAUGUUGGUAAAUCAUUUAUCAAAGAGACAUCCAGACAUGAAAAUAGAAGAGGUGCCAGAGCUCACGUUGCCCAUCAUCAAACCCAACAGAGAUUACUUCUGUCAGUACUGUGAUAAGGUCUACAAGAGUGCCAGUAAACGCAAAGCCCACAUCCUGAAGAACCAUCCUGGUGCUGAGCUCCCUCCCAGCAUCCGCAAGCUGCGUCCUGCAGGCCCUGGAGAACCAGAUCCCAUGCUGAGCACCCACACCCAGCUGACAGGCACCAUUGCCACCCCUCCAGUUUGUUGUCCUCACUGCUCCAAGCAGUACAGCAGCAAGACAAAGAUGGUCCAGCACAUCCGCAAGAAGCACCCAGAGUUUGCUCAGCUCCCAAACACAAUCCAUGCUCCACUGGCUACAGCUGUCAUCAGCUCCACUCCUGCUGUUCUAACCACUGACAGCACCACUGGAGAGACUGUUGUGACAACAGAUUUACUGACCCAAGCAAUGACAGAGAUCUCCCAGACCCUCACAACAGAUUACAGGACUCCCCAAGGAGAUUACCAACGAAUCCAGUACAUCCCUGUCUCUCAGUCCACAACAGGCUUGCAGCAGCCUCAGCACAUACAGCUGCAGGUUGUUCAAGUGGCCCAGGCUACCUCACCUCACCAGUCCCAGCACUCCACAGUAGAUGUUGGGCAGCUUCAUGACCCCCAGACAUAUGCCCAACAUGCCAUCCAGGUGCAGCACAUCCAGGUGACAGAGCCAGCACCAGCAACUCAGUCAUCAUCACAGGUUGGGGGUCAGCCUCUGAGCCCCUCCUCACAACAAUCCCAGCAGGAACUCAGCCCCUCACAGAUGCAGACAACAACAUCUACACCAAACCAAGGCCUCCAGCAGCAGCAGCAGCAGGGCUCUGCAGUCCAGCACACCUACCUUCCCAGCACUUGGAACUCAUUUCGCAGCUAUUCAUCUGAGAUUCAGAUGAUGACCAUUCCCCAAGGCCAGUAUGUGAUCACAGAGACUGCUGUUGGUACCCCAGUCACCACUGUCAACACAGGACAAGUCAAAGCAGUUACUCAGACUCACUAUGUGAUAUCUGAAGGUCAGCCUGAGCUGGAUGUCAAACAGAACUCUUCACUCUCCAGUGAGGUGCGGGUUGGUGUUUCCCAGCCCCCAUCCCACACGGAUCCCUUGGAAUCCCAAACAAGCAGCCAGCAGCAGCAAACCACCCAGUACAUCAUCACCACAACCACCAAUGGGAAUGGUGGCAGCGAGGUGCACAUCACCAAACCAAGAACUUUCUCAGCAGAACACGAAUGAGGAAGCCUCCUUGGGUCACUUGCUUGUUCUUGUCACCUCCCCUGAAAGCCCAGAUCUGGGUAUCCUGGAGCUCAGUAUGUUUUUAUUAAAGUAUGUGCUCACUUAACUUCAACUUGGAGCUCUUGUUAAUGCUUUAAGAGGGUUUAAGUCUCCAGUGACCAUGAAGAAAUACCCUCCAAAUUCUUCUGGGAUGCCAUUUUAUGCAGCUUUUAACAAAAAGGACAAGAGGAGUGAAACCUCUGCUUGCUCUGGACUUUAUUUUUGGCAUGUCUGCUGACCCUUCUUUUUCCUUUCUGGAAGUGUCUCCAGUAAAUAACUUUUCAUUUCAGCUGUGUGGGGAAAAGCUUGCCUAGCUGAAGGCUUACCUGGCAGGUGAUGUGUGUAUAUUUUUAGCAGGAGUGGUUACACAGGAAGACAAAAUGCACAUUUACAGAGUCUGGCAGAACUGCUUCUUGUGUCUUUGUUCUAGCAGCCCAGGAGCAUGGGGACACAGCAGCUUGGUGGAAGCAGACUGCCUGGAGAAAAAGAGCAGCAGCUCUUGUUGAACGUGUGCAGGGACAGAUGUAACAAUGAAGCUGUGAAGAUGUGCUGAAGCAGUGCAUUAAAUUAUUAUUUUUUUUUUCCAACCCUCCCCUCCCCCCACCCCCAAACUGUUUACAUGCUGUCUGCCCUGUUUUACUGAGCAGUUCCAGAAAGAAGGAAAAGUGCAGUCUCCAAACCAUGUUGUGCAGGACAAACUGAUGGAAAUUUUAAUAGGUAGUAUGGAGACACUCUUCACUCUUUUCCCCUUCAUUAUUUGCAGGGAAAGUAGGGAUUUUUUUGCCUGUAAAGAAAAAAAAAAAAAGCUUAGCUUAGCCUGCAUAGCAGCCUAAAGAUAAUCCUGUCAGGAGAAAAUGAGGGUCCAGGAGCACACCUCUGAAGAUGCAGGGUAGCUGUCUCUGUUUUCACCUCAAAAUGGAUAUAUUUUUCCCCUUGAAGGACUGGAUGGAGAGUUUGUUACUCUGAUUUUUCCAAAUAACCUUGUUGACAAUGCACUGUAAUUCCUUUGGACAAUUCCAUAAAAAGACCAGCCCUGGACUCAGGAAACACAAGGAAACAUGCUAGUGGACCACUACUCAUGGGACACAGUAAGCCAUCUGUGAGGGUUGCCUGCUUUGCUAGACCUGGUCUGCCAACAGAAUUUGUUACAUUUAGGGACCAGGAGAAAGGGAAAGUUUACCUUUAAAGGCAAAGUAUUCUUUUUGUUUUUUGUUUUUUGUUUGUUUUUUUCUUAGGUAAUAUUCCUUCACGGGUCUUGUUGGUUUGUUAUUAAUAAUGCAUUCUGGUAUUUGUAUAUGACUGCAGCUCCCCUGACUCCUGCUGGGAUGUACUGUGUAUGUCUAAAUCACCUUUUCACUGCCCAAAAAACCCAUCCCCAAAUGUUUGUGCAUAGCUGGAUACUUUUAUUUAUAAAACAAAAGCAGAGGAGGAUGCUUUGUCUUAAUGGCCCUUGAGAAUGAAGAACUGAGAGAGGUUUUGAUUCGUUUUCUCUUGUGCUGCACUGAGGGUGAAUUGAGGACUCUUUUCUGUAGGUACUUCCCAGAUUUAGUGUGAGUAAAUGCUACAGAUGUUUACAGGUUGUGGUAUCAGGCUUCAUGCAGUUAAAACUCUGAGAUAUAAGAGAACUUCACACCCAGAAUGGGCAAGGUCAAAGCCACCUAGCAGGUAUUGCUUUGGUAAUUAAUAUAUCUGUUAAUAAGGUGUGGAAACAGUGACUGGGUGUGAUGAGAGAAAUGGGAUUGGAAAUCUGGUUUUGGGGUAGCUCUGAAGUGGUUUGUGGAUUAAUUUGUGCCUGGGAUGUGGCUUCUCUUGCUGUACAGCCACACCGAGGCAUUAAUGAGAUGGUGAAGUUAAUGAGGACCAGAGCUCCUGUUCAGUCAAGUGCAGUGCUGGAGCAUCUUUAAAUUCAGAACCCAUUGAUUUGAGGAACUUGACUGCAGCUCCCAGUAACUCCCCAGAAGUCUUGUUGAGGGCUUCUGAAUUAAUGAUGCUGGGUGCUGGGAUGUCUGGGCGAGAAGGGAGGUUUUGCCUUGGUUUUCUUCAGGCUGCUAGAUUAUUUAAUAAUGAAUCAAAAAAAUGGUGUAACAGGCAAACAGGAGGUUUGGGAAUGGGAUAUCCUGCUCUACAGAAACCAUUUAAAAAUCUUUAAAGAUCUAGAGAGAGGAAUAUCAAACUCUUCCCUCUUGAUAAUGCAGAUGUGGGGUUUUAAAUAAAAUACUAGGCUUUAUGUUGGAAAGGAUCAUCGACUUGAGGACACUAGUACCAGUUAUUUAAAGGUGGUCCAGAAAACAUUUUGAAAGCUGCCUUUUUGAACUCAAAUCAAGGUUUUCUCCUCUGUGUGGUUUGUUGUGAGAGGAGCAUCCCUGGAAUCUUGCAGCAUCAUGAAUUCUCUGUCAGGGGAGUGAUGGCACAGGGGGCAGGGAUCUGCUUUUGGAGAGACAGAACCAACACCCAAAACCAACAGGAAUUUGCAUGGAUCUCUGUCAGGGGAGUGAUGGCACAGGGGGCAGGGAUCUGCUUUUGGAGAGACAGAACCAACACCCAAAACCAACAGGAAUUUGCAUGGAUUCCUUUCCAGUUUCUGCAGUGCAGAAGGUAUAGGAGUUGUCAUUAUUUUCAACCCAAAGUUGUGGAGUCCCAGAGGAUGGAAAGUGGGCAGGGGGCUCCUUUGAGGCCCCAAAGCUGCUCUCUGCAAGCUUUUUGGGUCUGAUUCUCCAUUUUCCAGGCCAAAAAAAAA